AUGGAUUCCUCGGUCGAGACCAAGGAGGUGCCCUCGACUGACACUGCGAGCGCAGACAAGGAUGAGACGCCGCAGGUGAACAACGAGGAGGGGGGCAGCUUUGGCGCGUACAAGAGAAUAUUCACCUUCGCCAGCAAAACCGAACUGACACUCCAAGGCAUCGCGAUCAUCGUAGCAUGCGCCUCAGGCGCAGGCAUCGCGCUCCAGAAUCUCAUCUUCGGCCGCUUCAUCACGAUCAUCACAGACUUCACGAACGGAUCUUCAACACCAGCAGCCUUCCGCAGCGAUGUCGCGGAGCUAGCCCUCUACUUCGUCUACCUGGGCAUCGCCCGCCUCAUCCUCUCCUACACGUACAACACAUUCCUAACAUACGCGGCCUACCGCAUAAUCCGCAACAUCCGACACACCUACGUGCGCGCAGCCCUAAGCCAAGAAGUCUCGUUCUACGACUUCGGCACAGGCGGGUCCAUCGCGGCCCAGGCAACCUCAAACGGCAAACUGAUCCAGGCCGGGGCGUCCGAGAAAAUCGGGCUACUGUUCCAGGGUCUGGCGGCGUUCGUCACGGCCUUCAUCAUCGCGUUCAUCGUGCACUGGAAGCUCACGCUCAUCUGCAUCUGUGUCCCUGUUGCCACGAUCGGCACGAUGGGCGCGAUUGCGGCGAUCGAGGCCGGGCAUGAGACGCGCAUUCUGGGGAUCCAUGCGAAAGCGAAUUCGUUUGCCGAGGGCGUGCUGGGCGGUGUUAAGGCGGUGCAGGCGUUUGGGAUGCGCGAUGCGCUGGUCAGGCGGUUUGAUGGGGAUCUUGGAGCUGCGCAUGCGGUGGGCAGGAAGAUUGGGCCCUUGAUGGGGGUGUUGUUUUCGGCGGAGUAUACCAUUAUUUAUCUCGGUUUUGGGCUGGCGUUUUGGCAGGGGGUCCAUAUGCUUGCGAGCGGGGAGAUUGCGACGGCGGGGGAUAUUUUUACAGUCCUUCUCUCCGUUAUCAUUGCGGCCAUCAAUCUCACGCUAUUGGCGCCGUACUCGAUCGACUUUAGCAGGGCUGCGUCGGCGGCGGCGCAGCUGUUCAAGCUGAUUGAUCGGGUGUCGGAAAUAGAUCCGUACAGCAAGGAGGGUCUUGAGCCGGAGUCGGUGGCUGGGGAAGUUGAGCUGGAGAAUGUGAGCUUUGCCUAUCCCACUCGGCCGAACAUUACCGUGCUCGACGACUUCAGUCUUAAAGUCCCUGCGGGGAAGGUGACGGCUCUGGUGGGCCAGUCUGGCUCAGGGAAGAGCACCAUCGUCGGGCUGCUGGAGAGAUGGCAUAACCCUAACUCAGGGACACUCAAGCUCGACGGGAAGCCCAUUGACAAACUGAACGUCGGCUGGCUGCGGCGGAACGUCCGCCUCGUGCAGCAAGAGCCUGUCCUCUUCCAGGGGACCGUGUUCGACAACAUCCGGUACGGUCUUGUCGGAACGCCGUGGGAGAACGACUCCAGGGAAGAGCAGAUGGAACGAGUGCAAGAGGCAGCAAAGAUGGCCUACGCGCACGACUUCAUUUCCGAACUGACAAACGGGUACGAUACCCCAAUUGGUGAACGCGGCGGUCUCCUAUCAGGAGGCCAGAAACAGCGCGUUGCCAUUGCCCGCAGCGUCGUGUCUCAACCAAAGGUGCUCCUGCUGGACGAGGCAACAAGCGCCCUAGACCCCCACGCCGAAUCCAUCGUGCAGAAAGCCCUAGACAAGGCAGCAGAAGGCCGCACGACAAUCGUGAUCGCGCACAAACUAGCCACAAUCCGCAAAGCCGACAACAUCGUCGUCAUGAGCAAAGGCCGCAUCGUGGAACAAGGCACGCAUGAAUCCCUCAUAGCAGCCGACGGCGCCUACGCGCGCCUCGUCAAAAUCCAGAACCUCUCCGUCUCCGCGGAGGACCACAAACCCGCGGAAGAGGAGGACUCGGAAGAAGACAGCGUCAAGGCCGAAGACGCCCUCCACCCCACCUCCACAGCCGCAACCCUAACCCGCUACCCAACCUCCAUCCGCGCCCGCCUCGAGUCCACCAAGAACCGCGAUAGCUACGCGAACCACAAGCAAAUGGGCGUCCUCGCCUCCCUCCUCUACCUCGUCCGCGCAUGCCCGGAGCUAACAUGGGCCUACAUCGUCGUGCUCCUCGGCUGCCUAGGCGGAUGCGCCAUGUUCCCAGGGCAGGCAAUCCUAAUGUCACGGGUCGUCGACGUCUUCACACUAACCGGCGACGAAAUGGUCAGCCGCGGCGACUUCUACGCAAGCAUGUUCAUCGUGCUGGCGGCGGGAUGCCUGCUCGCAUACGGGGCAAUGGGGUACGCGACGAACAGCGUAGCGCAGCACUUAAGCCACCAUUUCCGACGCACGAUAUUGCACGAUAUCCUGCGGCAGGAUAUCCAGUUCUUCGACCGGGCGGAGAACACGACGGGGGCGUUGGUGGCGCAGGUCGACUCGUACCCGCAGGCGAUUCUCGAGCUGAUGGGGUACAACAUCGCGCUUGUGGUGAUUGCGGUGCUGCAGCUGGUUACGUGCGGCGUGCUUGCGAUUGCAUACUCGUGGAAACUGGGCCUUGUUGUUGUGUUUGGGGGCAUUCCGCCGCUUGUUGGGGCGGGCGUGGUGCGGAUAAGGCUUGAUGCGCGGCUUGAUCGGAAUACGUCGAGGAAGUAUGGGGCUAGCUCGUCGAUUGCGUCGGAGGCUAUUACUGCGAUUCGGACUGUGAGCUCGCUGGCGAUUGAGGGGACUGUGCUGCGUCGGUACACGGAUGAGCUGGACAGUGCGGUCUCGUCGUCUGUUAAGCCGAUGGCGCUGACGAUGGUCUGUUUCGGGCUGACGCAGUGCAUCGAGUACUGGUUCCAGGCGCUGGGGUUCUGGUAUGGUUGUAAGCUGCUGUCGACGGGGGAUAUCAGCAUGUAUAACUUCUUCGUCGCGUUCCUGGGCGUGUUCUUCGCCGGGCAGGCGUCGAGUCAGCUGUUCCAGUGGUCGACGAGUAUCACCAAGGGCAUCAACGCAACGAACUACAUCGCCUGGUUGCAUCAGCUGCAGCCAACUGUGCGAGAAACGCCCGAGAACCACGACAAAGGCCCUGGCUCCGGCUCACCCAUUGCACUUGACAACGUCCGCUUUUCAUACCCACUCCGCCCGGUCGCCCCCGUCCUCAAAGGCGUAGAUCUAAAGAUAAACAAAGGCCAAUUCAUCGCGCUGGUCGGCGCCUCCGGCUGCGGCAAAUCCACCAUGAUCGCCAUGCUCGAGCGCUUCUACGACCCAACCACCGGCAGCAUCACAAUCGACUCAACCCCGCUCUCAGACCUGAACCCGACCUCCUACCGCAACAUCGUCGCGCUCGUGCAACAAGAACCCACCCUCUUCCAGGGCACAAUCCGCGAGAACAUCGCGCUGGGCCUGUUCAACCCGUCCAUAGCGCCGCUCUCACCAACGAGCACCAAGCGCGCACAUGCACCCGGCGCCGCAGACAAUGCAGAGCCCGAAUGGACGUCCGCAUCAGACGCCCAGAUCGAAGCGGCCCUCCGCGCCGCGAACGCGUGGGACUUCGUCGCGUCGCUGCCGUCGGGCAUGCACACGCCCGCAGGCGCAGGGGGGACGCAGCUCUCCGGCGGACAGCGACAGCGGAUUGCGAUUGCGCGGGCGUUGGUCCGGGAUCCGAAGAUCCUGCUCCUGGACGAGGCGACGAGUGCGCUGGACACGGAGAGCGAGAGGAUGGUGCAGAAGGCGCUGGGGGAGGCGGCGAGGGACGGGGACCGGGUGACGGUUGCGGUUGCGCACCGGCUGAGCACGAUCAAGGGGGCGGAUGUGAUCUGUGUGUUUUGGGGGGGGCGGAUUGUGGAGAGGGGGACCCAUGGGCAGCUGGUUGCAAGGGGCGGCUUGUAUCGCCGGAUGUGUGAGGCGCAGGCGUUGGAUUGA